AUGGCAGUGACACGCACUCACUAUGUGCUAUUUGGCACAGCACUUCUCCUCCUUCUUCUUGGUCUGGCACAUCAGCACAACCAGGUGAGGGAUAGCAUCCACAAUGCCUGGAACCGUCCCUCAUCAUCGGAGCCGGUACCUGACAUCUCAGAGCCCUCCUUUUCGAAUACAAUUCCCCCUCCAAUCCCGGUGCCGGCAAAACAGCAAUCGUCUCCUGAGAAGAAGCCUAUUGUGGAAGAGACGACGACAUCACCACCCUCGAAAGAGGUUGCCAGCACAAGCAAUGAAAAACUUCCUUCUUUCUACGAGAUUGCCCUCAAGUAUGGCACUGACAAGGUCACGGAUCAUCAGUACUGGUUCAUGUACGACAAGCACUUCCCAGCGAUCCGCCAUCAGAAACUCAAGAUGCUUGAGAUUGGUUUGGGCUGUGAUAUGAGCUAUGGACCUGGAAAGUCAUACUAUACCUGGCUUGAAUACUUUCCCAACGUGGAGCUUUACUACAUGGAAUACGACGCCGAAUGCGCCGCCAAAUGGUCCAGCAAGACCACGGGCGCAACCAUCUACGCAGGCGACCAGGCCGACCCCGUCUUUCUACAAAAGUUCAUUGCCGAGACGGGGGGCAACUUUGACAUCAUCAUUGACGACGGGGGCCACACGAUGCACCAGCAGCAGACGUCGCUGGAGGCCCUGUGGUCGAUUGUCAAGCCCGGCGGCCUCUACUUUAUCGAGGACCUCCAGACGUCCUUUUGGCCGUCGUACGGCGGCGACGGCACGGGCGGCAAGGAUCCCAAGGUCCCGACCAUGGCAAAGUUCAUCCACGAGCUCGUCGACGACAAGCUCACGCCCGACGGCACCCGCCACGCCAUGUCCAUGGAGAUGCGCAGUAUCGAGUGCCAGCGUGAGGUGUGCCUCUUUACCAAGAAGGAGGCGGGCACACUGUAG